AUGCUGGCGUGGCUUGCCAAGAGAUGGAGAUCGCCGUCCAUCACUCAACGCUGGGCGUUUCAAUACUUCUCCUCAGCUCAGUCAUACCUCGUCUCCAGAGUGAAGAUUUUCUCUCAAGUGAUCGCUGCCGCGGCGCUUGCUACGAUCGCAUCAGCUCAAAUCACGUUCAACGGAUCCCAGAUCGUCUGCCCAGCCUCCGGCGGAGAUUUCUGCUCUAGCAAUCUCUAUCGAGUAAUAUCAUCAUUCGGUGUAUUGAUGGAGUCGCUCAGCCUGGUAAUUGCGACGAUAACCUCGCCGGUGAACCUCCACUUGGGGUCAACACUGCGACGUGUUGGCAAACAAGCUCCACCUCUGGCGACGCAGCUUGCGCCAAGAAAUCUUCCUCCUAGCUGUAUAGUCUACUGUAGCUCCGGCAACUGCCCCAAGGACUUCACCCUCCCGAACUGCACCCCCUCCUUCGUUUCCUCGUCCACCUCCUCACCUACCAGUGUCAGUCCCGCAAUAUCCUCAAGCUCAACUACCCGAGCCCCACCGCCGGCUUCAUCCUCGAGUGACACUCCAACCGGUACAUCGAACCCAAACUCCAGCACCUCUAUUCCAAAAUCUCCUUCAUCAACUCCGAACUCUAACACAUCAAAUCCAAACUCCAGCACAUCAACCUCAGACCCCACCAAACUAGAAAGUCCGCAACAAAGUACAACAUCUUCCAGUACAUUAAAGCAAAGCGGUCUAUCUACUGGGGCCAAAGUUGGAAUCGGAGUUGGAGUCACAAUUGGCGUGCUCUUCUUUCUUGCACUGAGCGUGUUCACAUUCUGGUACGGCAGACGAUCUGCAGCACUGAGGAAAGGGGACAGGGCAAGGGAGCUGAACAAGCCAGAAUUAGGUCCCGGGAUUCCAAGACGGAGGGAGCUGGCAGAUACAAGCGUACCUUUGACUUCUGAAGAGAAGGGAGAACUAGAUCGGAGGAGGGCGGCGGAACUUAGUGGUACACCGAUUAGUCCUGUGGAACUUUCAAGUGAGAGGGCGGAGCUACAGACACUGUGAGAGAUUGGAAAUGCCCCAGUUGAGAAAGAGUAAUCUCUCAGAUCGAUUAAGCUGCAAGGAGGCCAUAUUUGUUCUUAGGUUUUUGCUCUGACCAAAUGGUUCCACCCCUG